GCCUCUUUUUCUGUCAGCUCGCAGCGCCACUGGACGUGUUUCCUUUGCGCUCCCGUUGCAUUUUUUUAAACCGCAUCCAACAUGUCUGAGACAUUGCAAUUGCGUGGUACCUUGAUUGGCCACAAUGGCUGGGUCACCCAGAUCGCCACCAACCCCAAGGAUCCUGACACCAUCAUCUCGGCGUCUCGUGACAAGACUCUGAUUGUCUGGAAAUUGACCCGCGAUGAGGAUACCAACUACGGUUAUCCCCAGAAGCGCCUGUACGGUCACUCCCACUUCAUCAGCGACGUUGUGCUGUCGUCCGAUGGCAACUACGCUCUGUCCGGUUCCUGGGAUCAGACUCUGCGCCUGUGGGAUUUGGCUGCCGGCAAGACCACUCGCCGCUUCGAGGGACACACCAAGGAUGUGCUGUCGGUCGCUUUCUCCGCCGAUAACCGUCAAAUCGUGUCUGGCUCUCGCGACAAGACCAUCAAGCUGUGGAACACCUUGGCCGAGUGCAAGUUCACCAUCCAGGAGGAUGGCCACACCGAUUGGGUGUCCUGCGUGCGUUUCUCGCCCAACCACUCGAAUCCCAUCAUCGUGUCUUGCGGCUGGGAUCGCACCGUCAAGGUCUGGAACUUGGCCAACUGCAAGCUCAAGAACAACCAUCACGGCCACAACGGUUAUCUGAACACCGUGACUGUCUCUCCUGACGGUUCCCUGUGCACCUCCGGUGGCAAGGACUCCAAGGCUCUGCUGUGGGAUCUGAAUGACGGCAAGAACCUGUACACUCUGGAGCACAACGACAUCAUCAACGCACUGUGCUUCUCGCCCAACCGCUACUGGCUGUGCGUCGCCUAUGGCCCAUCCAUCAAGAUCUGGGAUCUGGCAUGCAAGAAGACCGUUGAGGAGCUGCGCCCUGAGGUCGUCUCGCCCACAUCCAAGGCCGAGCAGCCACAGUGCCUGUCCCUGGCCUGGUCCACCGAUGGCCAGACCCUGUUCGCUGGCUAUUCCGACAACACCAUUCGCGUCUGGCAAGUGUCUGUAUCAGCUCACUAAACGGAUUGCUGUUUUAUAUAUGACGUAGCCUAGAUUGGUCGCCCAUUGAUUUGUUUAAACCAAAACAAAAAUAAAUUUUAAGCGACGCUUAUGAAAAUUUAA